AUGGUAUUCGCCGUUUCAACCACUGCGACCGUGGUCGAGUCACCAAAGGUCCUCUCAGUCCACGAGGUGUAUGUUCCGCCCGAGGCCGAGACGAGCAAUGGGCGAGUUGUGCCUAUCCAGCAUUCAGAGGGCAACAAGGUCGACUUUGGCGCAGAGAUCUACGGCAUCGAUCUGAACAAUUUCACCUCUGCCGACUUUGCCUUGAUAUCCGAUGCGCUGCAUAAGCACAAGCUGCUUGUCUUCAAGGAGCAGCCUCAAAUGUUGACACCGCAGCAGCAGUAUCGACUGACAGCUUGCUUCGACCCUGAAGAGAAAACAGGAGGCUUCGCACAUGGCGCCGAUCCCAUCCUCCUCUCCGAAAACGGAGUGACCAUCUACGGCCUCCCAAACAGACCAGCCAUUAACGCCCAGCCCCAAGUCCACAUCCUGGGCCGCGGACAAGUCCCUGACAACCACUUCGACUUCCCCCCGGGGUUCCAGGUCAAGGGUAUCGAUCACGUCAAUUUCCAUAUUCCGCCUCACAUGCCGCAGGAGGAGCGCGAUAAGGGCGCCAGUCGGUUCUAUCAGUGGCAUUGGGAUGGAGCGCUUUAUGAUAUUCCGCCGCCGCGGGUGGGGUGUCUUCUUGCUGUUCGGACGCCGAAGGGGCCUGAUGUGACUGUGCACUGGGGUGAUGGGACGGGGCGAAGGAUGGAGAUUGCGCCGGGUGCGACGGCGAUGGUUGCGGGGUCGAGGGCCCUUGAGCUUCUUGAUGAGGAGACCAGGCAGAUCGUCAUGCAUAGUCGGAUUGAGUAUGCACCGCAUGCUUUUCAGUGGAUGUCGACGGCGCGGAGUACGCAGCUCGGCCAUACCCUAGUAACCGAGGGGAAAGAAGUUCCGCUUGAUCAGCUGCGGCCGUGGAGUGCUGACAGGGUCUGUGUCUAUCCCAUGGUCUGGACGAACCCGGUCACUGGUGAAAAGUCGCUCCAAGUACACGGGCAAGGCGCGUUCAAAUUGUACCUCAAGGACAAGCCCGACGGAGAGGAAACAAUUGUCACGGACCUAGGAGAAGUCAGGGCCUUUAUGGACAAGUAA